GUUACAAUUUUUAUUCAAGCGGCUAAAAUUUUGUGUGUUUCUCUUAUCUAUCAAUUAUGGCCAAGGAUCCGGCUACAACUAGAAUACCCCGCUUGGAUGGACCAUCGCGUAUACCACCACCGGGGAGCUUUGGCAUCACAACCUCGCAUAUAAAACCACCGACAAAUACAGCAACUCUAAGGGCAACAAAAAUCUUUCAGGCACCAGCUUCAUCCACAACAACAACCACAGGGGGAACCCUUCCACCUAAACCACGCCCAACCAGCUCAUACACACAGAAAGCCUCCUUGGAGAAACUAAGCUCUAGCAUCAAACGUAGUGCGAGCGGUGAGAGGCUAAACAAUGCCGUAAGUCAAAUCAAGAAAUAUUUUUGGCAAAACAAAGCUCCAAGUUCUGUGAAAAGAAACGAUAUGACCACUUCUGUGCCCAUAACACCAAUGCCAAAGCCCAAACAAACAGCCCUCAAAAACAAUGAACCAAUGAUCAGUAGUACUCCAAUGCCAUUAAUGCGUUCCGAGACCUUUGUAUGCAAUGAAGAUGAGGAGCAGGAGCAGCAGCAGGAAAAUGUACAGAAGACGGAGAAAGUUGUGGAAAAGGAUAAACUAUUGAGUCGAUGUCGUCUUUCUGCCAUAAGUUUUGGUCGUACCAUGGAUUUGGGUUCUCCAAGUGAGACAAGAUCAAUCAAUAGCGAAACACCGCCAUCGGGCCUAAGACUCAUGCAUAAUAACAACAAUAAUAAUAAUAAAACACAAACACUCAAUACAAGUCCCUUAACGUCUUUAAAGUCAUCGGAAAAUAGUGAAAACACUUCACACGAUCUCCCAAUGAAUGCCACACAAACACUCAACGCCAAUUUGGGUAGAACAAUGCCAGUGAUUUGCGGCAAUGAUGUAACACAAACCAUAAGUGGCCCCUCGCAUGGACUGCAAGAAACACAAGUGUACAGUAAGGCAGCAAAUCUCACAAAGACCAUCGAUUCUGUCAAAGAUCAAGUGGAAGAUGAUUUGGAUUCCACACUCGAUGCCACCUUGACGGCAUUGGCUCCAGAUAAAUCGAAUAUGAAACUGCCAUUGAACUCAACUUUGAAUACAGAACGUCUGCUUAACAUUACGGGUCUCCAUUCACCGGCUCGUCAUAUACAGCUCCUGAAUUUGACACGGGAAUUUAUGGAAGCUUCGCCACAUAAAAAUGCUGGAACAUCGCUAUAUCGUCGUUCUACCCCGCAACAUUCGUUGAUUUGCUUUAGUCCCAAAUCACCAGGAAUUUCACCACAUGGCGGUGGUCCUUUGGGAUGUCAAAAGACACCGGAACCCCUGCAUCUGUUGUCGCCCUGUGACUUUGGUCUACCCACCCGGACACCCGAUGGCGAGAUGGUGCUCGAUAGCACACUAAUACCAUCGAGUGCGAUCAAUAAAAAUGGACGUACACGUUAUAGCUUUGGCUUAGAUUUGCCAGACACAAAUUUGGAUUGUUCCAUUGAGUUGGUAGAUAAUUCGUUCUCCUCCUCACAACAACAAUUGCAUCUGCAGCAACAGCAAUUAUUCAAAAAACAACAUUCAUUCGAUAUGGAUGAAAGUUUGGGUAUAUUGACACCCGAUCAAAUGAAAGGAUUCUUGGACUCGGCACAUAAUUUGGAAUUACAAUUGGCAGCGCAGCAGAAUAGACAAAUGCGAUUAGAGCAAACACCAUCGCCAGAGGAAUUACCCUUGGAUCCGGUGGGAAUAACAACAACAUCAUUAUUAGCAGCAUCAACAACAACAACAACCACAACAUCAACAACAAAAGUUGUAGAGAAAAUUGAGAAAUGCCAGCAAGCUAUCAGCAGCUGCAGCAGCAGUAAUACGAAUACCCAAUCGAAUAGUUUUAUAACCAGUGUGACAAGUGUUACCAGCCUGGAUACAGGCUAUCAAGGUGAUGGUGAAAUGUCACGUCCUGCCUCCCGUGGAGCCUGCGAUCAUUCGCCCAGCAAUGGCCCGCAAUUGGGUCGAGUGAGUCGUCAGCCAAGUUUUCCACCACCGAUACCAAUGCGACGUCAAGACCCAAUGACCGACUCCGAUUUCUUUACCGAAUCCGAUGCCGAUGAUGUGUUACAUGGUCGUGGCGGUGAUCGUCGUGCCCAAGUGAUUGAUGGCCAACUCUAUGGGCCAACUAUGCAGCCAAGUGCAUCGGUGCCCCAGCUGGAGGACUCUUGCAUGGAAUCAUCGGGCAUUUUCACCGAUGUCGAGAAUCGUUGUGAUGAGGAGAUGCGUCGACCCAUGGAAAUGGAGUUUGAUAUGUCACCCGAAUCGGAUUCGAAUCAUACAAUGCGUAAGGCAGCCAUCCCAGCCACUACAGCAGCAGCAGCAGGGGGUCAAGGUCAACAGCAGCGACCUCCCAGCAGUUGCCUCUCCUCAUCAUCGGCGGCCACCACUCUCUCGAAUCGCACCUCCUACUGCAGCGUCGACGGUGGCAGCACUAAAAGCUUUUGCGAUGAAGCUUUCAACAAUGUUGGAGUCGUCGGCGAUCAGCCCCAGCGAUCGUCAAUGCUUUCAGUUCAACUUCGAGCAUCGCCGCGUCCGCACGCUUCAUCGCUAUCGUCGCUCUGUACUGCAGUAGAGAAUUCAGUUUCGACCACAACAUCGUCGACCGCGUCGUCGUCAUCGUCGUCACUUGCCGCCUCACCCAAAUCGUUUAAAGCACAAAAACCAAAUAAGAAUUCAAAUCACAAUAAUCUUAACUCGCAUCCAUCAACUCCGCGUAGUGCAAAAUCUUCUGGCGGAGUAACGCGUAAAUCGCAUACACCCAAUAAAUGGGAUGCCGUUAUGAAUAAAAUAGCCAGCAACAAGUCGCUAAUUAAAACCAAUUACAAUGAUGUGAAAUCAAAAGUGUCCAGCACACGUGCUAUGACCUCGUCACCGACAACACCAGCAACCACAACAACAACUAAUGGAAGCACCACAACGCCAGCAUCGAGACGUUCGCCCUCGAUUACGCCCAAAGCCUCGCCAAAAACGACGCUGGUCGUCAAGCGGAGCCCAAGCAAAACUGCCACACCUUCGCCUCCGCCGCUCGCAUUGGCACGGCAGCCACAGGAUAAAGGCUCAGUUGGUGCGAGUGGUGGUGCAGGUGGCGCAGGUGGUGCAAAUGGAAGAACGUCUCUGGUGAAAUCCCCCACAACGCCAACAUCUCCGCCAGCCAAAAGAUUGCAGCAGCAGGCGGCGCUUAUCAAGCGUGGUCGUUCGUAUAGCAAGGAGAGUCAAAAGAGCUCACAAAGCGAAUUGAGUCUACUUUGCAAUGUCCCUUCAACGUCACAGACUGCCACAGGAGCAACACAAUCUUCAUCCGUCUCUGGCAGCGGUUAUCCAAAGCAAUUGGCUAAGACUCCAUUGCGAGCUGCCAAAAAGCGUGAUGUGCGCAAUUUGAGUAUAUCACCGACAGAUCUGGGACCGCCACCAAAGACCCAACAGACGGGCAAGGGACAAUCGACCCGCAGCAAGUCAUCGUCAUUGGCGGCCACGCCCACAGCACUACAGAAACGUUUGAACGGGAACACGCUGACAACAGCCACAACAACAACAACAAUAAUAUCACCAAAUUCCAAGGGAAAUACAAACAAAUCAAUUCAGAGCACUAAACAACAACAACAACAGACGUCCAACAAACUAAAAUCCACAUCGAUUAAAAACUCUACAACAAUUUUGCCUCAGGCUGAGGGCAUAUCUGAAGAAUCCCUGCGUUCCGGCGUUGAUCAGACCGAAUUGCAAGAGCUGCUACCAGCUAAACAGCAAAAUGACAGCUCAACGCCAAGAGAUUCAAAACGCGCUUCAAUUAGCAAUGAAUUGCAUUGCAUUUGUGGUGCAGAAGUCGGUUGCAAUUGCCUCCAGACAGAAGCCAAGGUGAAGAGAUGUGAAACACCGCCCAGAGAAACAGCCAUUGAAGGCGAAACCAUUCAGCUCAAUAAUGAUAAUGAUGAUGGAGACAAAAAUAAAGAAAAUCUACAGGAGGAUUCUAAAUUUAAUACUAGUACAAAUGAGGUAAGAAAAUGCUUAAAAGUGUAUCUAAGUGAUAAUAAGGAAAACAUUGAAAAGUUUCAAAAAUGGAGUUACAAAUUCUAG